AUGGUUUUCUGGAAUGGAACAGAUAUCGGGUUGGCAGUCAUAGGUGGUGCUCUUAUAGGCAUCGCUACAUCGCUCCACUACUUAGUUAAAGGCAGAGUGACUGGAUUCAGUGGAAUUUUAUACAGCAUUGCCACAUAUGAUCUUCCAUCAUUUUUUUGGAAGGUUUCCUUGAUGAUGGGAGUGGUAAUCGCCUCAAGUAUUAUUUACUUAGCAUUUGGAACAGAAAAAGCAAUUAUUGAUGGAGGCACUCCUGCCUAUGAUGACUUAUCAGUUCUAACUUAAAUUGGAUGGGGAGGAGCAGUUGUAGCUGGGUUUUGUGUGGGAUUCGGUACUAAAAUGGGCAAUGGAUGCACAAGUGGGCACGGAGUAUGUGGAUUACCAAGAUUGGCUCCGAGAUCAAUUGUUGCAGUCUGUUGUUUUAUGGGAAUGGGAUUAUUGACAGCCUCAAUUAAAGAAAACUUUAUUCCGUUGGAAUAUCCAGAACCAAUAGAUUAUGAUCAUGAAACUAGUGCCAUAACAACUUUGGUUUUAGGUUUUGUAGUCAUCCUCAUUAUGGCUGGAUUCUAAUUCGUCAAGAAACGGGAAUUAAUGGUUGACUUAGCCAUAGCAACUGUAGUCGGAUUUAUUUUUGGAUUAGGCUUGGCAAUAUCUGGUAUGGUGAAAAGAAGCAAGAUUAUUGGAUUCCUCGCAAUAAACGAAAGAUGGGAUCCUACCCUAAUCUUUGUGAUGGUCACUCCAGUAGUCAUUAAUUUCUUUGCUUUUAGAGCCAAAGAGAAACCUUAUUUGAAUACAAAAUAUGAAAUUCCAACCAAUAAUGUUAUAGAUUGGAAACUAGUAUGUGGAGCUACGAUAUUUGGAUUUGGAUGGGGAGUAGGAGGAUUCUGUCCUGGUCCUGCAUUUGCACUUUUCCCAUAAUUCACAAUUCACAUCAAUGUUUUAUUUAUGUUAACUCUUAUUAUGGGACAAUUAUCAGCUAAUUUCUUUGUGAAAUGGGUGGAUGAUAGAAAAAAAUAUGAUCAAAUCAAGCCUCAACCUGAAUAAUAAUCAAAAGAACAAUAACAAAAGGAUCAAAUACCAGACAUAUCUAAAUAAUAACUUGCAGAAACUCCAAGUGAUAGAAAGAACGAUGCUCCAGACAAUACUGUAAAAGUUAAUUGAUUUAGAACUUUAUAUUAUUAAUUAUUGUUAAGAAAACUGAUCU